AGAGAAAGCGAAAUCAAGGAACUUAAAUCUCAACUGGCACGCAUGCGGGAUGACUGGAUUGAAGAAGAAUGCCAUCGCGUGGAGGCCCAGCUUGCCUUGAAAGAAGCGCGGAAGGAGAUUAAGCAACUCAAGCAGGUCAUUGAAACGAUGAAAAACAGCUUGGCUGAGAAAGACAAAGGGAUUCAGAAGUAUUUUGUGGACAUCAACAUCCAGAACAAGAAAUUGGAGUCUUUGCUUCAGAGCAUGGAAUUGGCCCAGAAUGGCUCUUCUCGUGAUGACCAGAGCUUAGAAUAUGAAUGUGAUUUGUCACCUGACAAGUCUUUCAGCAUGAAUACAACUUACUCCAAGACGGAAGAUAGCAUGUUCACAGAGAACCAUUCGGUGGAGGCAGAUAGCGGAGUACUGCUCAGUGAUGAUAUUGCGAAUGGGAAUGACAUUUUUGAAGAAACCAUGUUUGCUACCACUCCUGAAUUUGGUCACCCGGCUGUUUUUACAUCUUCUGCUUUCAACCAUCUGGAUCUGGUGCAAAGUCUAGGCAGCUCCCAAGUAGAAGAUGACAAUCAUAGUGAAGCCAUGGAACAAGCUGUUCAGGCUGAUGUGUUGCUAUACAGGUCAGGCAUGGAGCAGCUGAUUGAGAACAUAUUCAAGGCACAAGAUGUUUGUCAAAUCAACCCAUCUCCUGUUUUGGUGGAAGCCAGUGUAUCUGAUCCAGAAAUUAUCUCAGACUUGCUUGUGGAUUUGACGCCAACAGAUCCAAAUUCUGCUAUCCUCUUAUCUCCAUUGGAACCCACGCCCAGGGCCAUGGAUUCUCGAUAUUACAAAAACCGAGUCAUGAAGGAACUGGAUUUCAUAGACUAUCACACCACAACCCUUGGAAAUGUGACAAAGUUGUCCGAGGGGAACAUUGUCAAAAGGUAUUGGAGCAGCAACUUCCUCAUAGAUCUGUUGGCCAUUGGUGCCCCCAUUGUGCCAACAAUCAUGUGGAUGUUUAGUACUAGGAGGGGAGGAACAAUUCCAAUCUUCACUUUUGGAGCAUUGUUUCGUGGCUGCUGCCUGCUGGCCUUGAAUUCUCUUCGUCAAGAACCGGUUAUUCUUCAGCGUUAGAUAUCACUGUCUUGAAUGGUGUGUCAAGAGAUUGUAUUCUGGUGGAUAUAUAGUGAGGCCAUUAAAAAAAAAAGUGGUGUGCAUCAUGGUGAAUCUGCCUGUUUUGCUCCUAAAUGUUUGAUUUGCACUAUAUUUAAUUGAGAACAUGUUCGUUGUUUGAAAUUGAAGGCAAACUAUUGAUGGCAUGGAGACAUGUUUCCAUUAAGUGUAUACACAAGUGCAUUUAUAGCGCAUGAUCAGCACUUUCCAUCCUGUGGUCGGAUGUAUGGAUUGUGAUACCAAAUGUUUUCUGAUGUGAGGGUCAGGUUCAUUCUGUCAAAGGCAGCAUAUAUAGUCCCAGCAUGUGUUGUCUACGCUUCUUAAAUGGCACAAUUGUGAUGCAGUCACGCUCGCAUUCCAUUCAUCUUGUGUACCCAGGGAUCAUAACCAAAACUGCCCCCUGCCCCACAACCCGGUGUAUUCAUGUAGAUGGGUGGAGAUCUUGAAUCGUGUUAUUUUGUUUAUAAAUAUGGCUGUGAAUAUAUUUGACUGAGAUUUGUCUGAAGUCUUAAAUGAAGUCUUACUGGAAGUGUGGGGUUAAUCUAUGAAGGAAUAUUUUAAAUGUGUGAUGUAUUAACUUAUUUUUCCUCUUGUUUAAUAAUCUUUUCAAGAAAGCAAAAACCCUUUGAAUCACAUGUUGUAAAUAAAGCAUGCUGAAAUUGAA